CCCCCCCGCCACGUGACUCGCCGAGGGCCGGCCGGGGCCGGGCUGGGGGCCGCUCGGGCGCCCUGGCCGCCGGGCACGGCUGACCCGCGGCGGGGCGGCGCGCGGGGACACGGCGCGGCCCAGGCAGGCGGCGGCGCGAUGUGGAGCGGCCAGCCGCCGUCGGACGCGGGCCAGCGGGGCGUCGCUGCGGCCUGGAAGAGCGGGGGCGUCUGCCCGAGCCUCGGGGCGUCUCCAGGAGGCCGGGAAGAGGCCCCUGGGGAGGAUGGCCAGGCGGGUGCCCCCCUGGACGUGUCCCGCCUGCGCAGCUCCUCCAUGGAGAUCCGCGAGAAGGGCUCCGAGUUCCUGAAGGAGGAGCUGCACCGAGCCCAGAAGGAGCUGAAGCUCAAGGACGCCGAGUGCGAGCGGCUGUCGCGGGUGCGGGAGCAGCUGGAGCGCGAGCUGGAGGAGCUCACGGCCAGCCUGUUCGAGGAAGCCCACAAGAUGGUCCGCGAGGCCAACGUGAAGCAAGCUGCGUCCGAGAAGCAGCUGAAGGAGGCGCGGGGCAAGAUCGACAUGCUGCAGGCGGAGGUGACGGCCUUAAAGACCCUGGUCAUCACGUCCACGCCGGCCUCUCCCAACCGCGAGCUGCACCCCCAGCUGCUGAGCCCCACCAAGGCCGGGCCCCGCAAGGGCCACUCCCGCCAUAAGAGCGCGCUCUGCCCCGCCGGGUCGUGCCCCGCCGUGGGACACGGCCUCGCCGCCGCCGCCAACGACAAGGAGGGCAGAGAGUCUGGGCUGCCCCCGCUCCUCUCCCUGCUGCUCUGUGUGCUCCCCAGCAGGGCAGUGCUCCUCACCUACGAGCCGGCCUGGCAGCGCCCGCCCGGGGAGCCGCCUGCUGCCUCUCUCUCCUUUUCCCGUCAGGUGGACACCACCCUGUUUGCCGAGUUCCAGGCCUGGAGGGAGACGCCCACCCUGGACAGGACGUCCCCCUUCCUGGACAGGGUGUACCGGGAGGACGUGGGCCCCUGCCUGGACUUCACCAUGCAGGAGCUCUCGGCGCUGGUGCGGGCCGCCGUGGAGGACAACACGCUGACCAUCGAGCCCGUGGGCCCGCAGGCACUGCCCACGGUGAAGGUGGCCACCGUGGAGCGAGGCAGCACCAACACCUGUGCCCUGAGCGGGCUGGCCCGCACCUGCCGCCACCGCAUCCGGCUGGGCGACUCUGAGAGCCACUACUACAUCUCGCCAUCCUCGCGCGCCCGGAUCACCGCCGUGUGCAACUUCUUCACCUACAUCCGCUACAUCCAGCAAGGCCUGGUGCGGCAGGACGCGGAGCCGAUGUUCUGGGAGGUCACGCGGCUGCGGAAGGAGAUGGCGCUGGCCAAGCUGGGCUAUUUCCCCCAGGAGGCCUAGGCCUGGCCCCGGCCCCCGCAGGGCGCUCUGGGCCGUAGCCAGCAUCUGCCCAGGAUGGAAGGACAGACCGACGUGGGGAGUCGGGGCUCAGGAACCAGCCCUGAGCCGGCAGCAGAGGACACGGCCACCCCCGGUCCACCCCAGGGCACCAGCACACGGCGGUGGCCAGUCUCUGACGCAGUGGUACGACGGCCACCAGGACGCCUUCCCCAGACCAAAGAGCUCAGUGUUUAGGAGGGGGCCCAGCCCACCCCCGCACCUCCAACUUCAGCCAGCACCCCUCGCCGGACUGGAGCUGCUCCCUGCCCUCAGAGGAUUGCCCACCUCAGUUCCCUGGAUGACCAGCACCCCCUUGUGACCGUCCCUCGCCCUGUUCCCGGGGAUCUCCCCGAGGGGCAGCCCCAAGAGCCCCUGCAGUGGGCAGGGCCGCCCUGGGCAGUGGCGCUGGGAGGACCCAGCAGGGCUGCUGGAUCCAGCCAACCUGCCUCCUCCUCCUCCUCCUCCCCCCCGCCAGAGCCCCAGAGGCGCCAGGGCAACUCCUCUGGAAAGCUCUGGGCACUUUUCCUCCAACGCGAAGCACAGAUAGGGCCGGGCGCCCACUCGCCAGGGUGACCAUUCAGACGGCAGGGGCGGAGGCCGGCCAAGCCCUGCGUGUUGGACUGAGGUGGGCGGGGAGGGGGCGGGGUGGGAGUGGGGGGGGCCCUUCACCCCUCCUUGGGCACAGCCCCCUCAGGACCUGGACCCAGGUCGACCCGGCCCUCCUCGGCCCUCCUUGUGUCCCACUUCCUCUUCUGAAUGGAAUGUAACUCGAUCUCUAUUUAAUAAAGGAAGGCUUUGUCGGCAGGG